AUGGGGGCAACGAGGAAGCUACAGAGCGAGAUCGAUCGUGUUCUGAAGAAGGUUCAUGAAGGCGUCGAAGUCUUCGAAAGCAUCUGGAACAAGGUUUACGACACAGAUAACGCAAACCAAAAGGAGAAAUUUGAGGCCGAUUUGAAGAAAGAGAUCAAGAAAUUGCAGAGGUAUAGGGAUCAGAUCAAGACAUGGACUCAAACUACCGAGAUCAAGGAUAAAAAGGUUAGUGCCUCUUAUGAGCAGCAAUUGGUGGAAGCUCGCAAACUUAUUGAGCGUGAAAUGGAGAGGUUUAAAAUAUGCGAGAAAGAAACAAAGACGAAAGCAUUUUCUAAAGAAGGUUUGGGUCAGCAGCCGAAAACAGAUCCAAAGGAGAAGGCAAAAUCAAAGACAAGAGAUUGGUUGAACAAUGUGGUUGGAGAGCUAGAAACGCAGAUUGAUAGCUUUGAAGCUGAGCUUGAAGGACUGGCUGUUAAGAAAGGGAAGGCUAGGCCCCCCAGACUGAUACAUUUGGAGACGUCUAUAACUAGACACAGGGCUCAUAUAAUGAAGCUAGAACUGAUCCUGAGGCUUCUAGACAACGGCGAAUUGAGUCCGGAGCAAGUCAAUGAUAUCAAAGACUUUUUGGAUGACUAUGUUGAGCGUAAUCAGGAUGAUUUUGAUGAGUUUAGUGACGUCGAUGAACUGUACAGCUCAUUGCCACUAGACAAGGUAGAGAGUCUUGAAGAUUUGGUGACCACUGGUCCUCUUCUUAAGGGCACGCCAAUUAGCUUAAAGAAUUCUUCGGCAGGGUCAGAAUCGAUGAUGCCUAGCUAUGAACUGAUGGAGCCCAAUUUGGUGGCGUCAUCGAGUGCAACACAGGAAGAUACAGAAGAUAAAGCUUCACUAGUUUUUAAUACGGAUGCGGUACCAAAAAGUCCUCCAUCGACAAUUAGAACAAAUGUUCAUCCAGCAGCCACUUCACCAGCUAAGAGCCCGACCACUUCUAUUCCUGUCAACAUUCUACCUCAAAAAUUGACUGUGGAAACAAAAUUUUUGGAGGACACUUUGAAUUCUCCUACUACAGUUACCCCUUCACUCUCCAAAAAUGAAGAUACAGGAAACUUUCCUGGUAUUCCUCUAUCUCAUGGUGGUGGUCCAAGCAGUGGAACUCAAAGCAGAGUUGUAUUGCCAUCUGAAAACGCAAAAAGAAGCAUGCUGGAUAUUGAAAGUAGAUUAGGAAAUACCUCUGGGCAGCCUCCUCUGUCGCCAUUGAGUAACAGAAUGAUCCUGCCUUGGGCUGCUAGAAGCAAUGAUGUAGCCAAUGGGAUUGAGGACAAUGCGAGUGAGGCCAUUGUAACCACCAGAGCUUUUUCACCUUCUUCAGUGCCUGGCACGCAUUGGAGGCCAGGCAGUCCUUUCCAAAAUCAGAGCGAAACUGGCCAGUUUCAUGGGCGUACUGAGAUAGUACCCGAUCAGAAGGAGAAAUUCCUGCAUCGGUUACAGCAAGUUCAACAGCAGGGUCACAGUAAUCUGUUAGGUAUGACUCCGCUUGGUGGAAACAGUAAGCAAAUGUCUACACCACAGCAAAAUUCGCUCUCACAGCAGGUGUCAUCGCCGACACUUCACGGUGGUACAGGGUCUGGAUUUCACAUACCUGGCCUACAACAGCACUCAAAUUCCAUGCAACAACAACUUAAUCAACAACUGAUGUCAGAUGUACAACUGAACUUACAACGUGAGUUGAUUCCAGAAUCAGUUUCAAAGAACAUUGAGGAUGAUCUUAAAGUUGAGCCUAUAUCUCCUGUGUCUCUCUCAGAGCCAGCUAGAGCUGAUUUCUCCCAAGGAGAAGCCAUAUCCAAUCAACAAUCAGGUACUCUGGGUGCCACUGGUCGCGGAGGUAGUGCUGAUUUUGGGACCAUAGGCGAUGGCACAAGGGAAACAGAGGAAAUCCAUGACCGAAGAUUAAAAUAUCAGAUUCUCGAGGCUGCUAUGAAAAGAAUUCCCCUGCCAAAAGACUCUGAACGUCCAAGACAGUAUCAUCCGAGACGACCCAUAGCAACCCCUUCAAGCUAUCCUCAAGUCCAGGCACCUGUCAUUAACAAUCCGAUGUUUUGGGAAAGAAUCAGCAACGAUACUUUGUUCUUUGCGUUUUACUAUCAACAGAAUUCGUACCAGCAACAUUUAGCAGCUAGAGAGCUGAAGAAGCAGGCUUGGAGAUAUCACAAGAAACUGAAUGCAUGGUUUCAACGUCGUGAAGAACCAAAGGUUGCAACCGAUGAAUAUGAACAAGGCGCAUACAUAUACUUCGACUACAACAUUGACAAAGACGGCCAACGUGGAUGGUAA